AUGAGUAGUUCUGAAAUACUGGACAGGAAGGAGGGUCAUCGGGAUCUGUUUGGCAUCUACCAUCGAGAGAAGCUACCAAUACAUCAUCACCUAGCACGGGGCAGAUGGGAGAAUAAAGGAACAUUUAUAACGAAAAAUGAGACUGAGCCACACAUCAACAUGUACCCGACAGCUAAGGAUUUGACACUAGAAGAGAGCCAAGAAGCCUGGAUACAGUGGGUGAACGACGCCUUUCCUGAUCUUCAUGGCACCCAGUUCUGGCUUCCAGUCUGUGCAAAGGACUUUACUUCGGUGCAUUGUAGCGAGAAACAGUCAAAACUGUAUAUUUCCCAGCAACAAACUCCUUGGUACAAUUCCGUUAAAAACGACUCAGCCUUACAGCGGGUGCUGCUCUGUCUGAAGGAAAGAUCAAAAGCAAAGGACGAGGUGAUGUUUGUACUGAGUCAGCUGUACUUUGGACAAAACUCCGGCGAACCUUGUUACUCAGCAGCAGCUGACUAUUUACCUCCAUCCCACAGUGUCCCUCCUGCUCCACCAAGGAACUGGGAGGAAGGCGACUUUGACCUGCUCAUCAUUCACAGAACCUACGGUCUUGUCGUCUGUGAGGUGAAGGCAUUUGGCGAUAACUCAUCUAAGAGUGGCAUGUCACAACAAGAUGUAGACAGCAAGAUACGAAGUAAACUCAAAGAGGCCAUAUUACAGGUGGACAGGGCGGAGGCCGUGUUGUCACACCUGGUGUCAGACAUCGUCCCAGGCCUGCGCAUCACAAAGACAAUUGCUUUCCCGAACCUUACAGGUCAUCAGGUACAACAGGCACUUGUUGAGGAUCCGAUACUGAUUGAGGAUCUGUGUCGGUGUCUGGGAGCAACAGAUGUUGCGGGCGUCACUGACCUUUGUCUCACCUCUGAUCAGCUUUCUGUCUCUGGUACCCCGGGUACUGUCAGCACUGACUUUGGUAAAUGGUGGCUGCGAUGUGUGGUUGGGUCUGGAUCUGCAACCGAAAUCAGUUUUGAUGAUUACCAGAGACUGUUGGCCAGAUUCUGUGGUCCGGCGGUAACAGUGACUGUUCCAUGCCUGUCUCCCCCACGCCUGUCACUCAAAACCUUGAGCCAACCUUCGUCGUCCACGAGCCUGUGUCAUGCUGUUAUUACAUUGUUCCCGGAGCAAAUUCAUCUGCUGAACACAGCGACUCCCAGGGUCUUUUUGACUGGACCUCCUGGUACAGGUAAAAGUCUGAUGCUGCAGCUGAAGGCUACAGAAUGGCUGAGAUGUGGACGUGACGUCGUCAUGGUCAGACCCCGGGGAGGGGGAGGUCCAGGAUGCUUGAUCACGUAUUACCUGCUGCAACAGACCAUAGAAACACUGAUGGUACCCACAUUGAAAUCAGGCCAGCUUCAUCUUUUAGAAUGUGACUUCCAUUAUCGUUGUGAUAUCGAGGAAGCUGGGACUGACUUCCUACGAGCGGUGAAGGGAAGACCGCUGUACGUCAUCGUAGAUGGAAUAGGCUCGCCUUCUGUCAGGUACGUAGGGUACAACAUCAAACGUUUCCUUGACAAGUUGUUGGCAGCAGUUCCGGAUGUCCAUUGUUGGGCUGCAGGUUAUGACCUCGAGUUUGCACCGUCCAGCUGGCAAGUGCAGCAUUUAACCAGACCCAUCCGAUUUCCAAAGUUUGUGGAGAUGGAAUCUGCAGAUUUUCAUACGGGUAUUUUCAAGCCAUACAGUCAACGUGGACAGCACGACACUACACCUGGCCCACCAGUCCAGUGGUUCCUUCUCCCAAAACAUGAUCACAGAAGAUUUACCGGCUACUGUGACACGUGCAGUGAGCUUGUGGUCAGGUUCCUACAGGAUCUGCUUGCUGGUGCUUCAGAAAACACCACUACGCCAUUGACAACUAUCACAUCCACCAAAAGGGAUACGACAUCUCCGAGCCUGCGAUACAGAGACGUGCUAAUAGUGAAAGACAGAUACGACCACAUUAAUCUGGAGGAGGCAUUGAGAAAUGCAGGUAUUCCAGUGCAGAACAUGAAACAUAUCACUGAGAACAUGGUGACAUCCAGUAGAGACGAGGUGUGGAUGGUGUCCACGGAUGAUCUUCAAGGUCUUGAAAGAAAAGUAGUAGUCAUCGUUGAAGAAACUCAACCUGAAAAAUAUGUUGGUGUGUUACACUGCACGUCACAACUGGUGUUCAUCUCCCAAACAGGUCUACCUGAGCCGUUGCUCAUUGUGGAUGAAAGCAGUGACACGGAUACAGACUGGAAAUACGCAGAAAGACACUUUGUACCAGAGAAGAAGCCUGUGUCGCACAUAAACACUUACCAGACAGCAAAGGAAUUGAAAUUUGAUGAGAGCCGAGAUUUAUGGAUACAGUGGGUUAAAGAGUCUUUUCCUGAUCUUCUUCAUCGCACUUAUAUCUGGCGUCCUGCGCGUGCAGAUCUCGCACACAACCUUCAGGAUUUUGAUUUGAGCUAUAGGAGAGAUUGGAGAGAGGAACAGCAUGCGUCCCGUACUUACCAGAAAUGUCCUCCUCAGUACAAAGACCCAGCUUCACAGCGGGUGCUGCUCUGUCUGAAGAAAAUAUCAAAUACAAUGGACGAGGUGAUGUUUGUACUCAGUCAGCUGUACUUUGGACAAAACCCCGGCGAACCUUGUUACUCAGCAGCAGCUGACUAUUUACCUCCAUCCCACAGUGUCCCUCCUGCUCCACUAAGGAACUGGGAGGAAGGCGACUUUGACCUGCUCAUCAUUCACAGAACCUACGGUCUUGUCGUCUGCGAGGUGAAGGCAUUUGGCGAUAACUCAUCUAAGAGAGGCAUUCACAACACGAUGUAG